CCUCAGGGUUUCUUACCCUUGGGCUUUCCGCCCUUCAGCUUCCCCCUUCGGGUUUCACUUGCAAACCCUUCCCCCUUCAGGGUUCCUCCCCCCGACCUGCCCUAAUUCCCCCUUAGACCUGUUCCCAGCUUCCCCCUUUCCCUGCAUCCCCCUUUUUCUCCAUACUUUCCCCUUCUCCCCCAGCCUCCCUCGCUCGGGGGUCCUUUCCCUGCGUGCCCCCAGUGAGGGAUAAGUGCUUCCCUCCCCCAGGGGGUGCAGAUGCCCAGGGUUAGGCUUGCCCCAGCCUCUUCCCAGCCCCCCAUGCUCGGCAGUGUGUGGCGCUGGUCUGGAUGGGUGGGGUGACCUGUGGGGGGAGUCUGACCCGAGUGUGUGGGGCUGACCCCGGUGUGUGUGACUGACCUGGUGUGCGUGACUGACCCCGGUGUAUGGGGCUGAUCGCUGUGUGUGUGGGGCUGACCUUGGUGUGUCACUGACCCCAGUGUGUCUGUGGCUGACCCCAGUGUGGGUGACUGACCCCCGUGUCCGUCACUGACCCUCUGUGCGGUGGCCGGGGCGAUGGCGGCGGAGCCGGUGAAGGUGGCCGUGCGCUGCCGGCCGCUGAGCGGGCAGGAGGCGGCCCUGGGGCACGGGGCCAUCGUCGGCGGGGACGGCUCACGGGGCCGGUGCCUGGUGCGGAACCCCGCGGGCCCCGCCGAGCCCCCCCGGCAGUUCUCCUUCGAUGGGGCGUUCGGCGGGGAGCACAGCACCGAGCACAUCUACAGCGAGAUCGCCUACCCCCUGGUGGAGGGUGUCAUGGAAUGCUACAAUGGCAGCAUCUUUGCCUAUAGCCAGACUGGCAGUGGGAAGUCCUUCACCAUGCAGGGAGUUGCAGAUUCAGCCUCACAGAAAGGGAUCAUUCCCAGGGCCUUUGAACACAUCUUUGAGAGUGCACAGUGUGCUGAGAACACCAAGUUCCUGCUGAGAGCUCGCCUGGAGAUCUACAGUGAGGACAGACAAGACCUUCUAGGAGCUGACACCAAGCAGAAGCUGGAGCUGCAGGAGCACCCAGAGCAGGGGUUGUACGUGCAGGGGCUGUCCCUGCAUGCUGUGCAGUGUGAGCAGUUGAUGGACAGGGGCUGCAGGAACAGAGCAGUGCCCUUCACCCUCAUGAACAGGGGCUCCUCCCCUCCUGUGGAAAUCUGCACUCUCAAUGAGCAAGGCCAGGAUCACCUCAGGGCUGCCAAACUCAACUUGGUGGAUCUGGCAGGAAGUGAGAGACGGGCAAGGACUGGUGCCGCAGGGGAGAGGCUCAAAGAGGCCACCAAAAUCAACCUGUCCCUGUCUGCCCUGGGCAACGUCAUCUCAGCCCUGGUGGAUGGCAGGUGCAGACACAUUCCCUACCGAGACUCCAAGCUGACCAGGCUGCUCCAGGACUCUGGGGGGAACACCAGGACCCUGAUGGUGGCAUGUGUGUCCCCAGCUGAUGACAGCUACGAGGAAAGCCUCAGCACCCUGUGCUACACAAGUCAGGCCAGGAACAAGCCCUGCAUCAACGAGGACCCCAAGGACACCCUGCUGAGGGAGUACCAGGAGGAGAUUAAGAAGCUGAAGGCCAUUCUGGCUGGACAGAUGGGCACAAGUGACUUGUCAGGGCUUCUACCUGCUGGGGCUGCUCACCUGGGAACAAAUCCAGCUCCCCUGCUCAAACCCCAGGUGGAUCUGGAAGCAGAGAAGCAGCUGAUCAGAGCAGAGUUCCAGGAGAGGCUGGCCCAGCUCCAGGCCAGCUACCAAGCGGAGCAGGCAUCCAGUGCCUGCCUGGAGAAGGACAUCAGCAGCCUGAGGGAUGACUUUGAUCUCAAGGUGUCUGUUCUCCAGCAUCUCCUCAGGAAGGAAGCAGCUGACACAUGGACUGGAACAAUCUCUGACCACACACCUUCACAUGAAGAUGCUGUUGCUGCAGCACAUGAAGAGACAACCUCAGCCCAGGACCCAGCAGCACCUGGGACUGUCACAGACACCAGUGGGGUGAGCAGGGGCAGUGCUGGAGCAGGGGAAGCUGUCACUGCCCUGGGGAUUUCCCUGCCUGCACACCAGCAGCUGGUGCUGGCCAGGCUGCAGGUGCUGCAGCAGCAGCUGCUGGGGGAAACAGGCUCAGAACCAGGAGCUGAAGGAGAAGCACAAGCCCUGCAGGAAUCCAGCAAGGCCAGCAGCGAGCAGGCUCUCCUCAAGGUCUAUGACUCCAUCCAGGAGGAGGUUCCAGCCAGGAGCAAGGCACUGGAGAAGACAGCGGUCCCAGCCCUGCCACAGCCCAAACCUGGCCGGACAAGUCCCUCGAAUGAGAGCAGGGAGCCAGCGCCCGAGGAAAACCACUACAGGCUGGUGCUGGACAGGAGCGACAGCGAGACCAUCGCCAGCAACUACUUCCGAUCCUGAGCCAGCCAGAUCCUGCAGCUGGACCAGGCUCCCGCGGGCUCUGCGGGCAGCCCCGUGCCCCAGGCCCGGCCCUUCCGCCUGCAGUCGCUCACACCAAGCGCAGGAAGGGCAACGCCAGCUCCAGCGCCCGCCGCUUCUGAUCCAGCGCAGGCGUGA